UACUUACCUCUAACCUUCUCUUCUCAUACUUCGCUUGCACCGUCAUCACACCCAUCGCAGACGGAUCAGACCAAGUCAAUGGUAUAUCCCUAGUUCCUAUCGCUUCGCUCCUCUCCCUCAAUGGCUCCCCCAUCCUCUUAUCGCCCGCGGAAGAAGAGAAAGGGUCCCUCCUCGUUCGCGGGCACCAACAAUUCUCUCAUUGCCGAGUCAGGCGGCAAAGCAUCUCCGGCAUUUCCUUUGGUCUCAUUCCUAUGGUCCGCUCGAGCAGGUGUUUCCCAAUGGCUCGUUCUCCCGCUCGUUUUAAUGGCUGUCGGCCUGUUCCGCUGGGCAGUCAGCCUGUGGGGAUACUCUGGCUUCCAGGUACCCCCGAUGCACGGCGAUUUCGAAGCGCAACGGCACUGGAUGGAAAUUACCACCCAUUUGCCCAUCGCGCAGUGGUAUCUAUAUGACCUACAAUACUGGGGACUAGACUAUCCCCCUUUGACGGCAUAUCACAGCUGGCUGCUUGGGAAGAUUGGUUCUGUCAUCGAUCCGACCUGGUUCGCUCUCGAUAAGUCUCGCGGUCUGGAAGAUCCCCUGUUGAAGGUGUUCAUGCGCGGAACGGUGGUGGCUUCUGAGUAUCUGGUCUUCAUCCCGGCUGUGGUCAACUUCCUGCGUCGCUACACCCGGAUGCAAAAUGUGCCUGUCUGGUCUGCUUCAAUCGCUCUUGUUGCAAUCCUCCUUCAGCCGGCAACAAUCCUUAUCGAUCACGGUCAUUUCCAAUACAAUACCGUGAUGUUGGGACUCGUCGUCGCGAGCCUGGAUGCCAUCUUGGCGGGACGCAUGCUCUGGGCUUGUAUCUUCUUUGUGGGUGCUUUAGGCUUCAAGCAGAUGGCGCUGUACUACGCACCCGUCAUGUUCGCCUUCCUGUUAGGCGUGUGUAUCUUCCCGAAGAUCCGAGUCCUCCGCCUUGUGUGCAUUGCUCUUGUAACACUUGUGGCAUUUGCGGUUCUUUUUGCCCCACUGAUCAUUGGAGCAAUUGGUGAGGAGGCACGAGAGAUUCUGGCUUCGGCUCCGCAACCUCCUCUCCUACAGCAGCUCCCGAUCGACCUCGACAAGCAUUCCGUGCUGUAUGCGAUCGCUUUCCAAGUGACCCAAACCAUCUACCGUGUAUUCCCAUUUGCCCGUGGGUUGUUCGAAGACAAGGUUGCGAACGCUUGGUGCGCUAUCCACACGUUCUACAAGCUUCAUCGAUUUGAAGCUAGUUUCCUCCAACGCAUGUCCCUUGGCGCCACGUUGGCUUCGAUCUUGGUCCCCUGCACCAUCAUCUUCCGUCACCCACGCGCGUCACUUCUGCUUCCUGCACUCUCAACCGUUGCCUGGGGCUUCUUCUUGUUCUCCUUCCAGGUGCACGAGAAGAGCGUUCUGCUCCCCCUGCUCCCCAUGACACUUCUCCUGGCCGGAGACGGCGGUCUCAGCAAAGAAACCCGGGCGUGGGUUGGAUGGGCGAAUAUCCUUGGAACGUGGACCAUGUACCCUCUUCUCAAACGCGAUGAGCUCCGGGUGCCCUACUUCGUGAUGACCUUCCUGUGGGCAUAUCUGAUGGGUCUACCCCCAACUUCGCUCGAGGCCUACCGCAGCGGGGAUGCUUCCGAGGACAACGCGGAGCCCCAUGUGGUCAUCAAGCUAUUGCACAUCAGCUUCUACCUUGCCAUGAUCGCAUGGCACGUUGUUGAAGCUUUCGUGCCUCCGCCAGCGGACAAACCCGACCUGUGGGUGGUACUGAACGUGCUUAUCGGAGCAGGUGGGUUCGGACUGGCCUAUCUAUGGUGUCUGUGGAAGCUAGUCCAGCAGUGCCGGAGGAUUGACCAGAAGGUGGCAGAGGAGACUCAAAAGAAGAACCAGUGA